AUGUACAUAGGCAUGGGUGUAUACAUGUUUGAGAAAAAAGAUCUUCUGAUGAAGGAAAUUCAGAAUACAGAACAGGAGUUGCAAAGCGUGGAACAAAGAGUUGAGAAGACGAAGAAUGAGAUAAAACAUCUGAACAACCGGUUGGAGAAGCUGGACAGAGAGCUGGUCAGUGGACGCUCGCAGUUUGGCGUGGAGAGGACAUUGGCUGUGUGCUGCUGCGCCAUGGACAGAGACGAGGAGGAGGCCAACGGAUACCUGGGCAAAGUGCGAGAGGAACUGGAGACUGUUCACCUUGCUCUCAAGAAUGCUCAGUGAGAUUCAGUACAUACUAUGGUGUACUGUCACCGUCGUCUGUGAGUGGGGGGGGGGGGUAAGUCAGUUUAAUCAGGGUAAGGCCAUUGGCUGCACCUCACAUCGUGUUAUAAAACUCUCAUAAUUUGUUAAAUAAAGUUUCCAUUUUGAUCUUUGAAAAAGUACAGGUUGUGCACAUAUCUCGUAUCAUGGGUGAAACAUUGCUUUCUGUCACUGGGCCCAGUCAGGCUGGGAGGAAUUAAUCAUUUUUUCUUUGAUGUAGCAGUGUGGAGGAGGGGGGGGAUACAUUUGAAAUGUGUGUAUUCACUUCUAGUUCUGUACAUUUUUUCACACUCUCCUUUGUAAAAUAAAGAAGAGCAUGCCAUAAGCUUAAGGGUGACAAUGAUCAUAAUAAAUAGCAUUGAUUGUACAGAGCAUAUCCUCCCUUGACAGAACUAAGGGCUAAAACACUAACAAACUGACAAGAUCUUUCAAUGUCUCUAGCCUGGUACUGGUACCCAUUCCCAACGGGAUGAA